AUGACGACUAAACAAAAGAAAGGUCCAACGCAGGCAGAAUUGAUGUUAAAAGCGUGUUCUGAAAUAGUAAAUGAAUUAAUAACAGCUCACGAACAAAACAAAGAUGUUAAUCUGAAUGGAUUGAAAACAAAAUAUUCGAGACUUAAUAAAUUAUCAAAUCAGCCUAAAUUGGUUGACAUUAUUGCAGCUAUACCUGAACAAUAUAAAAAUGCUUUGAUGGGAAAGUUAAAAGCUAAGCCUAUUAGGACUGCUAGUGGUAUUGCUGUGGUAGCUGUUAUGUGUAAACCACAUCGAUGUCCUCAUAUUGCAGUUACAGGAAAUGUUUGUGUAUAUUGUCCAGGUGGUCCAGAUUCAGAUUUUGAAUAUUCAACACAAUCAUAUACUGGUUAUGAACCAACAAGUAUGAGAGCUAUUAGAGCAAGAUAUGACCCUCUAGAACAAGCCAGAGGCCGUGUUGAUCAAUUGAAAAGCUUGGGUCACAGUGUUGAUAAAGUUGAAUAUAUUAUUAUGGGUGGUACAUUUAUGUCACUGCCUGAAGAUUAUAGAAAUUGGUUUAUUGCCAAUUUACAUAAUGCUUUAUCUGGUCAUACAACUAAUGAUGUUGAUGAAGCUGUAAGAUAUUCGGAACAAAGUAUGACAAAAUGUAUUGGAAUUACUAUUGAAACACGUCCUGAUUACUGUUUAAAACCACAUUUGAGUCAAAUGUUGCAGUAUGGAUGUACUCGCUUAGAAAUAGGCGUGCAAAGUGUAUACGAAGAUGUAGCAAGAGAUACAAAUCGUGGUCAUACGGUUAAAGCCGUAACUGAAACUUUUCAAUUAGCAAAAGAUACAGGAUUUAAGGUUGUCUCUCAUAUGAUGCCGGAUUUGCCUAAUGUUGGUAUGGAAAGAGAUUUAGAUCAGUUUAAGGAAUAUUUUGAAAACCCUGCUUUUCGAACCGAUGGACUGAAAAUUUAUCCAACUUUGGUUAUUCGUGGAACUGGACUUUACGAAUUAUGGAGAACAGGUCGUUAUAAAAAUUAUACGCCUAACGCGUUGGUUGAUCUGAUUGCAAGAAUUCUAGCUCUUGUUCCUCCUUGGACUAGAAUUUACAGAGUACAAAGAGAUAUUCCAAUGCCCCUAGUUACAUCAGGAGUCGAGCAUGGUAAUUUACGUGAGUUGGCGUUAAAUAGAAUGAAAGAUUUAGGUAUCGAAUGUAGAGAUGUCAGAACCCGAGAAGUUGGAAUUCAAGAUAUUCAUAAUAAAGUUAAACCUGAAGAGGUUGAAUUGAUAAGACGCGAUUACGUAGCAAACGGUGGUUGGGAAACAUUUUUAUCUUACGAAGAUCCAAAACAAGAUAUUCUAAUAGGUUUAUUACGACUUCGAAAAUGUACCACUAAUUCUCCACAUAGUGCGUUUCGACCCGAACUUAUUGAACAUCCAACUUCAAUCAUAAGAGAAUUGCAUGUUUAUGGAAGCGUAGUACCAAUGCAUAAUAGAGAUCCUAUGAAGUUUCAGCAUCAAGGGUAUGGAACUUUGCUGAUGGAAGAGGCGGAACGAAUUGCUUUGGAAGAACAUGGAAGUGUAAAAAUUGCUGUUAUUAGUGGUGUUGGAGUUAGAGGGUAUUAUGAGAAAUUGGGAUAUCGAUUAGAAGGUGAGUGGAACGGUAUUGAUCUGGAGAAAUGGCUAAAUUGA